UGUUUGUGGUGCCAGACGAACAGCAGCUGCUCAGAUUAUCCGGUGUCGUAUGUGAUUCCUCCGGCCUCGGUGUGUAAACUCUCUCAGGCGCGCUGGGGUGUUUGCUGGGUGAACUUCGAGGCUCUGAUCAUCGCGAUGGCGGUGGUGUGUGGGACUCUGCUGCUGGCCGUCUCCGUCUGCUGCUGCUGCUGCUGCUGUAAACGCAGACGCUCGUCCAGUUUUGACCGUGAUGAUGAGCAGUUUGCCCGGAGAAGAGAGGAGAUCAGACAGCGAUCAGAUGAGCGGAAGGCGGAGAGGAAGGGGAAACAUGAUGAAAUCCGCAAGAAGUAUGGUCUCAUCCCAGACUCCGAUCAUCCGUACAGCAAGUUCGAGAACGAGUGAAAGCGAGGGAUCGCACAGGAAUCACUUCACCACGUGCUUUGCUCUUUUGAGACACGUCGGUUAACUUUAGGUUAGAUGGAGCUGGACGGAAGCCGAUACUGAGAUGACCUUGUCAGUCCUUCCAUUGGUUAGAAAUCUCUCUCUAGUUAUGAGUAAUGUCUGUGUAGUUAUGAAUCAACACAGACUCUCUCUCUCUGUUCUCUCUGUCUACUCAAACACAACAGCAUCACACUGCAAAAAAUGAUGCUCUUCUUCUGUAUUUUUGUCUUGAUUUCCAGUACAAAUAUCUAAACAUCCUUAAAUCAAGAUAGCAAACUGAGACAAGAUAUGAAGUAUUGUUUUUUGUAUCGAAAUGAAGUGAUUUUAGGCUUAAAACAGGAACUAAUUCAAAGGGAAAACGAGCUGAUUUUUUUUGACCGCAUUAGCGGAUAUUUUUUUCUA